CGACGACGCUAGAAUCCUUGGGACCACUAAUGCUUCAUUGUGAGGUUGCAGGUCGCGGGUAUCGCAUGGGGGUACCGUUUUCCUUUUUCCGACGACGAGUCGCUAUGCUAGAUAAAAAGAAAGGUGGGAAGCAAGAGGCGGCGGCUUCUUCUUCUGAUCUUGCAGCUGAUGGCACAACUAGGGGUAGAAGACGCGCCGAUGUGCUUGCUGAAGGCCCUAAAAACAUUCAGCAACAAAUACAAGAACAAGGGUCAAGGAAGGCGACCAGCCAAACUCCUAGCAGAUCUUCGAAGGCGCAGGACAUAGAUGAGAACCCCUUUAGAUUUCCGAAGAGUUUACGUUUUUUACGUAUCAUUUUUGGCGAUGGCCAUUUCGAGGAGCCCAGUUGGUCAGGGCAUACUGCGGUGGAUGUGGUGAAUGCAAUCCUCAGUGUGUAUCCUGGUCUCCAGUGCGUUGAGUUGCAGUUUUCGGUUGCCUCACGAGAGAAAAGCAUGGAUCUGACCGAGCUCCCGUUUGUGCAGCUGACGGAAGAAUUUGCAAGGCGACUGCCGAAGGUAUACGUCUUGCCGCUAGAAACGCGAACGAAUUCCCAAUAUGAGUACUUACGUGCGGCAUUGAGACAGGAAGAUUUUGCAGUCAGCUUCACAGAGCCGCGAUUUGAACGCUGUCGUGCCCAGAACCAGAACUGGGCAACAUUGGUUGAAAGAACAACAUUGGUUGAAAGCACGCCAUGACUCAUAAGAUGAUUGAGAUAUUUUGUAUCGCGCAAAUUGUGAGGUUUUUCAAAGAUAGGUGACAGACAUUGUUUGCUGAAUGAAGCACGACGAACGGGUGUUGCGGUCUCCGGAGCGUGAAACGCAG